GUUAUUGUGUUUUUGUUAGUAUGUCGGAACAUUUCAAGCCGCCAAAUGCUCACUGCUAACUUUGUUAAUUAGCGCUUAGGCUAAAAUUGUGAUUUACUACUGUUUUUAAAACGAGCUUUACUUAAGGACUUGAAGACCUUAAUCUCGUAUCAAUCGGUUCCAGUUGCUUACUUGUCUUAAUAACUAGACGUUGUACGGGACAGAAAUGCGGAUUUUCUAGUGUUAUAUUUUUGUAUACAAUACAUUAAACUCAAUAGGAAGAGGGCUAUUUCGUUGUCUUAUGUAAAGUCGUAUAAUAACCACUAAACAAUGGCUGGAACAGUAAGUCUAGACCUAGACCCCAUCUUUCUGAAGGGACUGGGGUAUCUUCACUCCAAGAGCAAAGACUCAGCAGAGAAACUCAAGGCCCUGCUGGAUGAGUCUUUAUCCAGGGGCAGUGACUCCAUCUAUAGGACAUCGCUGAAGGAAGCUGACGUGAGCAAGGUGUCGUUACCAAAAAUGACCAAACAAGACUCCAAAACCUCCUCAAGCUCUUCAUCAUCGUCAUCAUCCAUCACCACCAGCAGCAGUAAAUCAAGCAGCUCAGACAAGACCAAGAAAGAGAGCGAGAAGAGAUCUUUGGAAAAGAUUAGAGUUGAUCCUGGGGAAGGAGUGGAGCCACCCAAAAAACCUCGUGUGGAAAAGCAGGAGAGCCAUCCCUCGCCGAUUGCUUUUCAAACCAAGGACAUUCCCAUCCCAGAUUUCACAGACAUCGAUGAAACCAAUGCUGAUGACUUUGCCAUGGAAAUGGGUCUUGCUUGCGUGGUUUGUCGACAAAUGACCGUCACUUCUGGCAAUCAACUAGUGGAGUGUCAAGAAUGUCAUAAUUUAUAUCAUCAGGAGUGUCACAAACCUCAGGUUACUGACAAGGACGUCAAUGACCCACGGCUGGUGUGGUACUGUGCUCGAUGCACCAGGCAAAUGAAACGAAUGGCCCAAAAGAAACCUCCACAGAAACCAGCUCCUGCUUUGGCAACAGCAGCGCCUAUGCUGAAAGAUCCACUAGUGAAGAAAGCUGAACUAAAACCCAAACCGGAAACGACAGGCUCAUUCCAGGCCUUUAAGAGAACGGAAGUGAAGGCAUCAUCUGUGGCAUCAGGCACCUCUUCCAGCAGUAACUCGUCUUUGCCCCCGGGCCUCACAGGAUGGGCUGCUUUUACCAAGACCUCAAAUGUAGGACCUUCCAGUACCAAGCUGAGCACCAGUCAACCAGGCAGCAGUAAAUCAACCACACCUCCCUCUGGCUCCAAACCCGUGGGACUCUCUGCACUGGCCAACGUUAAGCCCAGUCUGGCUACUAAACCUUCAGGAAGCGGCAGCGGCGGAAGCGGCAAUGGAAACAAUGGCUCUAGCGCGGUACCCAUGAAACCACCCCCUCCACUGACACUCGGCAAGCAGGUGUUGAGCCGCUCAACUAGUGGAGAUAGCUUGGGGAAAAUGACUGUGACUGGAUCACAGUCACCUGGGGCGGCACCCUCUAGCAGCCUGGGAGGCAACGGAGGUACAGGGGGCAAUGGGGGGGGCAACGGGGCAAGUGGGGGCAAUAGCAGCAGCAGCAGCAACAACAGCAAUGGAGCCAAAGCCUCAGCUGAUGGCAAGACGCCCACUUCCCAGGAGUCUCAGCUCAAUGCUAUGAAACGGCUGCAGAUGGUAAAGAAGAAAGCAGCACAGAAGAAACUGAAGAAAUGAGGAAGAAAAAGCCAGACUAUUAUGUUAAAGAGCAAGUCAAAUCAAAUAUACUUGAAUUUGAAUGUUACUGGUCUGUCAGAAACGGCUUGGUUUGAAGAUGUGCCUCCUUCUUUCUAAACCAGCCACAUUACUGAAAACAAGCUGCUCAUUUUAAUAAUGUGUUUAAUAAAUAACACCUUUUUUA